AUGCCCUCACUCACUCUGCUGUAUGCCCUCACUCACUCUGCUGUGUACUAUGCAUGCAUGGGGCCAAUGGCUGUGGGUGGGAGAGCCAGCUGGAGUGAAGAGAGUAUCUCACUUCACUUUUUCUUCUCGCCUUGCCUUUCCCCCCAUCCGCCUCUCUCCCGUACUCACUGCCAUCAAUCACCCCUCUUUCCACUCUUUACCUCGACACCUCUCACUUUCCUCUCCCCUGCCCCUGUGGGCGCCCUCCCCACCUGCAGCGACCUCUCCUCCAACCAGUUGACUGGGGCCGUGCCGCCAGCUAUCAGCAACCCCACUAACCUCGUCAGCAUCAACCUGGCACACAACCUGCUGCAGGGCUCCAUUCCCCGGGCCCUCUCCCGCCUCGCCUCCCUCACCUACCUCAACGUGUCGUCCAAUCAGCUGUCAGGAGACAUCACAGCGGCCCUCUCUCCUCUGCGCUCCCUCGAGAUUGUUGACAUCUCAUCCAACACAUUGAAUGGCUCUGUCCCCCCCUUCUUUGGUCGCAUGCCCAACAUGACCCACCUGGACAUGGCCAUCAACCUGCUCUCCGGCUCGGUGCCUCCCUCGAUUUUCAACCUGCGACGCCUCUCCCACCUCAACGUGUCUCGCAACCGCCUCUCAGGCCCUCUACCCAACGCUGCUGCCAGCCCAGCUCUCAUCAUCGACCUCUCAUUCAACACGCUCUCAGGGACGCUGGAGAGCCAGCAAGUCAACCUGAAGCGACUGGCAUUGCUGGCAGUGCACCACAACCAGCUGUCAGGCCCCAUCCCCGAGUACCUCUGCCAAUCAGUGCUACAGAUCAUUGACGUCAGCAACAAUUUGCUCUUCAUGGAUGCCGCAUCCUUCCAAAACAUGCCGCCCAUCAGCCUGGACCUCAGCGGCAACUACCUCUAUGGCUCCCUCUCCCCCUCCCCCAACAUCACCCUCUCCUCCUCCUCCUCCUCCUCCUCCUCCUCCUCCUCGCCGCCCAUCCCCUCUCUCGUCCUCCCAGCGACCCCCCAACCCCAGUCCCUUCCCCCCUGGGCAGUCCAGGAUGCAACGAACUCUGAGUGGGCGUGGGUAUGGCAGGGGGGGCAGCAGGGGGCAACUGGAGCAGGAGGGGCGAGCGGGGGGAAUAUUAGCAGCGCAGCGGCGUGGCUGGCAGUGGAGGGCAACUGUUUGGGGAGUGAGGUUGUGGGGCAGCAACGUGGAGCAACAGAGUGUGCGGCGGUGUGUGGGAUAGAGCCAGGGCAGGGCCCCUGUGGGGGUGCGGGUGCGGGGCAGUGUGUGGUGCAGAGCGGUUGGCCACCGUCCCUCUCCUGCUCCUGCGCCAGUGGCUACGUUGCUGUCACUGCUGCCGGCACUGCCAACACCACCACUUGCGAGCUGCCACCCCCUUCCCCUUCCAGUAUGUUCAUCGUAUCAACCCCCUCCAUCCAUCCCUCUCCAUUCUCCCCCACUCGCCCCCUCCGCAGCGUCCUCGUCGGGGCUGUCAGCAGGGGCGGUGGCGGGCAUAGUGCGUCCUCGUCGGGGCUGUCAGCAGGGGCGGUGGCGGGCAUAGUGGUGGGCGUUGUGCUGCUGCUCGCAGCUGUCGCUGGCCUUCUCUUCUUCUUCCUCCGCCCCUCUAAGAGAAGGUCGUUGGAUUUGGACCAGUGUGUGGCGUUCCGCAUAGAGGAUAUACGCCGCGCCACCAACAACUUCUCCCCGGAAAGCAAGCUGGGUGCGAGCAGUGGCGACGCUGCGGCACUAGCAUCUGGUGCAGCUGCUGGGGUGCGAGCAGUGGCAACGCUGCGGCACCAGCACCUGGUGCGGCUGCUGGGGUACUGCAUGGACUACAACGCGGCCACGGGCCACCAGGAGCAGAUCCUCGUCUACGAGUUUGUUCCCCACGGCGACCUCUCCCACUACCUCCACGCAGGGGACGCCCCCCCUGGUUCCACCCGCGUGUCGCUCUCCUUUGAAGAGCUCGUGCGCAUUGCUCAGGGCGCGGCGGAAGGCCUGGCAUACCUGCACCACUCGCUCUCCCCUCCAAUUGUUCACCGCGAUGUGAAGCCCGCGAACAUUCUCAUUGGCGAGAGCCGCACCGCGAAGCUGGGUGAUUUCGGGCUGGUUAAGAUGGAUAACCUGGAAAAUGCGACGAACCUGGCGGGCACGCCUGGGUACAUGGACCCGGAUUAUGGUGACAGCAAGAUUGUGACGACGGCGAGUGACGUGUUCAGCUUCGGAGUGGUGCUGCUGGAGAUGGUGUCGGGGAAGCGGGCUGUGCUGGAUGAGAGUGACAUCGCCUUCAGCAACCGUCACAUCUCCAUCUGGGCGAACGAGCUUGUGAUGACAGGCAAGAUCACCCAAGUGGUGAUGGAGGACCUGAAGGCGCCACCGGAUGCCAUCAUCAUGUUUGUCGAUCUCGCCAUGGAUUGCUUGAAGCGACCUGGAGCCUUGAGGCCGGAGAUGCGGGAAGUGGCACGGCGCCUCACCAACAUCCUUGCCGUUGCACAAGGAAAUGCGCCGGUGGGAGCUCUGAUGAAGCAGAAGUCAUGGGCGGGAAGUGCCGGGAACGGUUCAAGCGCCAAAGCUGUGCGAGAAGCGGCGAUGCUGCGGCACGAGCACCUGGUGCAGUUGCUGGGGUACUGCAUGGACUACAACAUUGCCACAGGCCACCUGGAGCAGAUCCUUGUCUACGAGUUAGUCCCCCACGGCAACCUCUCCCACUACCACCACUCUCCUCCUGGUGCAACCCGAGUGUCCCUCUCCUUUGAGGAGCUCGUAUGCAUUUCACUGGGUGUGGCAGAAGGGCUGGCAUAUACCUCCACCACUCGCUCUAUCCUCCUAUCGUGCAUCGCGAUGUGA